CUUGGAGAUACCAUCUGUACAUUCUCAUCUCCUUUGUGUGGAACGCACUGGUCGUGUCUCAUUGUUGUAUUUGUUUUUCUUUGAUCUAUGUAGCCGGGCUGCAAUUAUAACCUCUAGAUCCUAUAUCUACUUGUCACAACCCCCCUGGAACCGUGCAGUCGAUGAUGUUUAUCCCAUCGAUCACCCUCGCAGCUGCUCUGCUGGCCUUGAGCGGCAAUGUCGCAAAUGCCCAUGGCGCCCAUUCCGAUCAGCCCCCGUCUUCUGACUGGGCGACGCGGCACAUGAAUGAGGAACAUCACAUCGAUUCUUUUGACCCCGGCUCCUUCUUCGCCCUUCACGAUUACGAUAACUCCGGAGCUUGGACUUUGGACGAGGUUCGGAAGACAUAUGGCCUGGACGACGAGUCAAAUGCCGGCGUGAGUGAAGAUCGCAAGCAGCAGGGCGUUCGGGAGGUGUUUGCGUUGUUCGACCCCACCAACACUGGCGUCAUCUCCCGCGAUAACUGGAUGCGUUUGAUCUCGUCCGGCACUCGACUUCCCGACCUUGGGUUUGGUCCCGGUCAUCACGGUGACAUCGAGUACGAGUAUGAAAUCCACCAUUAUGAGAAGUACCACGGAGACGAUACAACAGAGGAGGACCUCAACCAUCCCGAAGACAUUGAGCAUUUCCGGAGACACGACGAGGAGGAUAUGGCGGCAGAGAGGCUGGAACAGCUUGAGAGGACACAAAUUGUGGAGAAAAACAUCCCGCAAAAGUUCCGCAGGAAGAUUUAAGACGUGUACAGUACGGCGUUGAUUUUCCCCUUUUUCUUUUGUUGUAUAUAUGAUGUCUCCUUUGGACAGUGUGAAUGCCGGUUACUUGAUAUGAUGCGAUAAAUCGAUACCCUUUCGUCGCGAGGAUAGGAUAUUCACUGCUUGGUCUGGCCGGAUCCAGCUUUGCCCGGUUGCGCUGAGUAUUGGCUCGGUUUCUCCGACGGGUCAGAUUCGUGGGUUGGGCUUUGCUGUUCUUCGCCAGCGUCUUAUUUCGAAUUGUCGGAUGGGGAUGACAGUCGUACAUCAAAGACACAGUGCAUGACCCCGGGCGCGUAGGUCUUCACAUAUUCGACAUGACGGCACUCAGCAAUGGCAGGCGAAUUGAUAGCCUGGGACCGUAUCCUUUGGAGCUCCGUAGUAAACUCCUGUUUCUUCUGCUCGACUUCCUGUAUAUCAACGUUCUCAUGGACGUGCAGCCACCCACCCCUCUGAGCAUCAACCAUGCUACAAGCAUUGUCCCACGCCGCACGGGAUGUCGGGAGGAGGCCCAAAUUGACGUGCCUGAUGCUGUUCCAUUCACCUGGGCACGUUGUCGCCGUCGCCCGCUGCACGUCACUCAAAAUCCUGGCAGCAUGCUUGUUGUCACCAUGGAAGACAACCACCCUAGUCUGAUCAUCAAGACUCUCAACCAACUCCUGCACAGACACAUUCAAAGCGCCGUCCCGCACAGAAACCACCCUGCAAC